AUGUCUAAGUUGAAACUUAUUGAAACUAUUAAACAAUAAGAAAAACUAAUAUAGAAAUUGUAAUCAUAAAUCAAAAGAAGUCAAAGUCAUUUCUAAAGUCCUCAAAAUAUCAAGCAAUAAAAUACUUAAAGAAGUUCAAGUCGAAGUAUAUAAAAUGCCAAGAAAUUAAAAGAAAAGGAUCAAACCAUUAAUAUUCUUACUGAAAGACUCAAUAAAGCAUUUGAAAAUGAGAAUUAGGUAAUUAUCAUCUAAUUUCUAUUAGAUCAAAUAUAAAAUCUAAAAGUAAAGAGUCAUGUUUAAGUGUCUCUAUAAUGAUUUGUAAAAUGAAGUGUAUAAAUUGAAAACUGAAAUGCUUCAAUUAACAACACCAUAAAGAUAAUCAAAGAAAUUACUCUACUAUUGA